GUCCUUGGCUUCUCAGAAGCAAGAAACCGCCAUAUAUAACAGACACAGAAGAAGAAAGAAGAAGAAGAAGCAGCAGCCAUCUUCAUCAUGUGCUGCUCUGAAGACUGUAGAUGCAGGCCUCUAGGGUUUCUGCUAGGCCUUCCCUUUGCCUUCUUAUCUCUCCUUCUCUCUCUUAUUGGUGUAGUUAUCUGGAUCGUUGGGUUGAUAUUAUCAUGUAUAUGCCCAUGUUGUCUGUGUGUGACCAUCAUUAUUGAGUUCGCUCUCGCUCUUAUCAAGGCUCCAAUAUUGGUCAUGGAGUGGUUCAUCUCCAAGAUUCCAUGUUAGACAUUUGGUGCAACUAUGGCUCGAUUACAGUCAAGGUAUUUAAAACUUUGAAUUGGUUAUUGAAUCAUUCAAGACACUGUUUUAUAAUUAAACUUCAUCGCAAACAAAACAUUUCAUUGAAUGAUUUAUUAGUAUAGCCAAUUAAAUUGACUCAAUUUUCAAUACUAUGACUAUAAUCAAGAGUGUUCAAAGGGCAUUGUAUAGUUGAAUUUUCAUUUAUAUAUUGAUUUGUUCUAAUUU